AUGGCCGCCUGGAUGGCCUCGUCCGAGCCCAAGACGGUUUCAGCCUUCGAGACUCUGGUUGCACGUGAAUUGGGCUUUGCUCUGCUCUUGUGCUCCUUCCUUGCACUGCUCUUCUCUGGCGAGCUGCACCGUCUCUGGGACGAUGCUGAGAACGUGCCGGGCGCUUCUGCCACCGCCGUCUCUCCCUACUCCUCGGCCACCACCAUCGCAACCCUGCUCUACCACCUCUCGACCGGUAUCCUGAUGUACAUCUCCAGCACCAACGCUCAGCUUUCUGGAAUACUAGUCGCCGGCGCUUUGUCACACAUGAUGCUCGGUGUCGCAGGACUGCUGGUCCUGGUCUUUGCAAAUGAUGGAAAGAUCAGCAAGCGCACCGGCGCUGACAAGAGAACUUCGGGCUUCAUGUUCAAGAACAACGCUCAUGUUCAGAAGCACUCGUAA